AUGUUAAGAAAAGACACACAAAAUGAAGAAAACUUGGAUUUUUUAUCUGAAAAUAUUGAAUUAAUAGGAAAAAAUAUAAAAAGUAAAUAUUAUAAUGUAUUAUUUCCAGAUAUAUCUUUAAAUAAAAUUAUUGUAUGGAUUAGUUUUUUUCAAAUAAUAAUUUAUAUAUUAAGUUGCUUAUUAAGUGAAAAUUUAGAAGCACCAAAUGUUCAAGUCUUGAUGUUUCUAGGUGCUACAUAUGGACCAUCUAUUAAGCAAGGUGAAUUGUGGAGAUUACUAUUUCCAAUAUUUUUACACGCGAAUUGGUGGCAUCUAAUUAUAAAUAUUUUGUGCAUAUUAAACUUAGGUUUAAUAAUUGAAAGUAAAUAUAAAAGAAGUAGAUUUUUAUUAAUAUAUUUUUUAUCUGGGAUAAUAGGAAAUGUAUUAACUACUAUUUGCAAUCCUUGCCAGCUUGCUGUUGGUGCAUCAACAAGUGGAUUUGGUUUAAUUGGAUGUUCAAUUUUAGAAAUAUUUUUGGCUUGGGAAAAUCUAACAAAAAAAGCAAAAAAUUAUUAUAUUUUUAAUAUAUCCAUUUUUUUAAUAUUUUUUUUAUUUGUUAGUUUCUCUCCUUCUGUUGAUUUUUUUGGUCAUAUAGGAGGAUUUCUUUGUGGAGCUUUCUUAGCUUGCCAUUACAAUAAAUUUAUAGGAUAUAAUUUUUUUCAAGAAUCACUAUAUUACAGUUUUGCUGCUAUAUGUACUUUAAUUAUUUUAUAUUUGCCCAUUAGAUUAUUUGUUAAUAAUAUGUCAUGUGAACUUGGUUAUUAA